AUGACGAGGCCAACGGCUCGACUCAAGCUAGUGGUGGCUGGUCAAGGUGAAGGCGCGAUGGCCAUUUGGGGAAGGGUGUGGAGUUGGGUGGCUGGGCUGGCUACGAGGGGUGAUUUAGGGCGACCGGUGGGUGAGCUGAAUGAGGGAGAGUGGGGCGCAGUGUUUAAUGGUGGUUGGCGAGGGAUGAAGAUGGAAUGGCUAGGAAGUGGUGAUGUGCAGUGCCGAUCGCCCGUGGAAGGGAUCAAUCAUCAAUCCGAACUAUUUGAAAAUGGAUGUGUAGAUCGCCCGUGGAAAGGACUGAUCAUCAAUCCGAACUGCUUGAAAAUGGAUAUAUAA